AUGACAUGUAAUCACCUGAGACGACUGUUGGUACUUUCCACCAUAGCGUGCGCUAUAAAAGGGACCUACAGCAUCCCAGAUGCACAAGAUUUCCAAACGAAAGUCUCGAUUAUGCUGGAAGAGGAGCCAGAUAACCCCAAAUGCUUUAUGGAUAGCAAGAAGGAAUUCACUUGCUUCUGGGAGGAAGAUGAGGAUGGCUCUGUGGAUCAGUAUACCUUCCUAUACGCCUAUCGAGACAAGAACAAUAGUGAAUGCCCACUGACAAACUACACGACACAGGAGGGAAAGAGGCUGUACAUCUGUCACUUGGAUUAUGCUACAAUGUUUGACCAAAUGCACAUUAAAAUUCAUCAAGAAGGAAGGCUGAUCCACAACCGCAGCCUUUUGGUGGAGGAUUUGUUUUUGCUGGACCCUCCCACAAACGUCACUCUUAGUACUACAGGUCAACAUGAUGAGCUAAAUGUCAGCUGGUUGCCUCCUCCUCCGAAACAUAUGGAUGACAGCUUUAUGUACGAGGUCUCCUAUGCAAUGGCCGGAAGCCAUGUGCCGCAGGUAGAGGUGGUACGAGCCAGCUCCAGGACGAUCUUAAAAGACCUACAACCAAGCACUAAGCAUGAGGUGCGGGUUCGGGUAAAACUGGAUGACGUUAGUUAUGAUGGCUACUGGAGUGUGUGGAGUGACCCAGUGUUCUUGGAGACACCACCUGAAGAAUUUAACCCACUAAUUCUGUGCCUAAUCCUUAUCAUGGCUUUCAUUCUGAUGGCACUGUCUUUCACACUGCUCGUAUCCAAUCGCAGGUUUCUGAGAAAGAAGAUUUGGCCAACUAUUCCAACUCCUGAUGGCAAGUUUAAAGGUCUUUUUACUGAUUACGGUGGAGACUUUCAGGAGUGGUUGAAGCAGACGAAUGAAGGUUUGUGGUUGACGCCAACUUUAUUUUACAACGAGGAAUACCCAAAUUCUCUGGAGGUUCUCUCAGAGCUAAGCCUGAAUCACCCGCAACCCCCUCCACCUCUACCACCAAAAAUGUCCAGUGCUUUUACACUACAAUGUACAGAGGAUGUGCAGAAGAGUUUGGAUUUAGCACUGAGAAAAAUACCUCAUAAAUAUUGGCUGAUGGACAACCUAAGGGUGCAGAACCAGCACCCAGUUCCUUGCUCCCAGUCAUCUCUACUGGAGUCUCAAGACACUUAUGUAACCCUCACCGGGAACAACCACAACCAAGACAACAUUCUUGGAGAUUCUUUGCCAGUAGAGGUGCUAUUGGCCUUGAAAAAGACUACUAUAUUGGCUGAAGCGCAAUGA